CUCUUUUCUGAUCAUACCAUCCACAUCGUCAGCUCCCCUUUCUUUUUCAUCUCAAAUAUCUUGCCUUACAUUCAAAACAAAAAGUAUUUUUUGCUUCUUUUAUUAUCCUUAUCUCCCUUUCGCUCAAUCAUUCAGACCAUGGCGGAAACCACUGAGCAAAUUGAAGCUACAACGACACUUACUACUGUUGAUCCUGCUACUGCUUCUUCAUCAAACCCUACCGAAGACACGUCCAUUGUCGAUCAUCCAAUGACUGACAAACAAUCAUCUGCACCAACAGAUGAUGAAAAGCAUCAUACUUCACCCCCAGUAGAUGCUACGUCAGAGAUCGAGCAAGAACAUGCUUCUGAUUCGGCCAUUUCUUUAAGCAUACCUGGUGAGAUUGGCAAGGAAAAGUCUAGCAGACCUGAAUCAGCUGCAGAGAUCACUCAAUCUGAAGUGCAUAUUGCACAAGAUGAAAACAAGCAACCAAAUGAUCCGUCAAUGGAAACUGAUGAGGCCGCCCCUGUCCCAGAGGCUGAAUCGACUGCGACUGAAGGACAAGAUGAUGCGCCUGUAAACGAUUCAAAUGAUCCAGCCGAUCCCUAUACUGAGCAGGAUGGUACCUAUAGAGAUACAGAACUUGUAUCGGACGUACCUGUACCCGAAGGUGCCGAUGUAGAAUCCGGCGCGAAUCAAAGUCACCCUGAAGAAGAUAGCUCAACGACCCAGACAAAUGAUAACGCCGCCAAGCCAGUGACUUCAGCGGCACCUCCAUCCGGCAAGACGCAUCACACAAAUCACCAGAGCAGACAUCAUCAGCGUGGUGGUCGGGGUGGUUUUCAUAACCGCAACAAUAACCAUAACUUCCAGAAUAACCGGCCUUUCAACCAGCGCUUCAACAGCAACAAUAACAAUAGCAACCACCAUCACAACCAUGGCAACCAUAACCAUCACGGCAACAACUUCAACAAUCGCAACAAUCAUAAUAACCAUAGCAAUUAUAACAAUCAUAACCACAACAAUAGCAACAAUAGCAACAAUUUCAAUAACUUCAAUAGCUCGAACAACAGCGGUCCCAAUAGCAACAAUAGCUAUCAUGGAGGACCAGGACCUAUGCGUCGAGGCGGAUACCGAGGUAAUAAUUUGAUCAUAAUACCAUACUCUGUAAAAAAAUUCGAUGUACGACAGAAUUUUAUCAUUGAUAUAAUUUCGAAAAGCGAAUGCCUAUCCUCUGUUCUGAUUGAGUCGUAUGUACACCUAAAAUCUGAAUGAGCUCACAGAACCAUAACGCGUCAUCACCUCUCCGUAAAUGCUUCAGGUCCAGCUAACUGGACCUUGUUUAUCCAUGAAGUAAAUGCUAACACCAUUUUCUAUCCUAUAAUUGUAUAAUACCACCAUAGGUACGCAAGAUCAGCGGCCUUACCGCCGUGAGGAUUUUCGCGGACGACAGCAAGAUCAUUACCAGCAACGUCAACGAGAUAACUUCGGCAACAAUCAGA